CACGGGAGGGGCCUCCCAUUCGCACCCGGUGGGAUGCGCCGUGUGCCCCAUGACGAGGCUGAGCGAGGAGGUUCUUCGCGCGCGAGGUUCGAUCCCGAGGUCGCUGCGAGUGGAGGAGGGAGACGGAUCCUCAUCAUGACCGCUCGGAGAUAACCCGCCUGCCAUUUGAACUGCUUCGAGAUAAGGGCGCCUUAUCCAUCUUCAUCAUCAUCAGCAGCAGCAACAAAUAAUAAUAAGAAUACUAAGAGCAAAGAAGAGUCUUGGAGGUUUUUGUUUUUGGAUAACAGAAGAUACUGAAAAUCCAAGUUGAUUCGUUGAUUGUUCAUUGUUACACGUUAUACGUCUAAUUUAUUUCAGAUAUAAUUAUUAAUAGCACGUGGUCAACGAAUGACAUUUACCAGGGCGUAAUAACCCACCGUCAUAAGUUUUAAACAGCAGCAGCAGCAACAGGCGGCGAGCGAGGGACAGCUUUUGGAGACUGGAUCACAGAAGGGUGGCGGUGCUGGUGAUGGCGAUGAUGGCGGUUGUAGCGGCGGCGACGAUGAUGAUGAUGGCCGUGAUGGUGACGAUGCCAUCACGCUGCCGCUCGCUGGAGCGAUGGUGGCUCAUCCUGCAGGUCUUGCUGCUGGCUUCUUCCGAGGGCCUUCCCAGAAGACCCCCGUCGACCCCGGUGCUGGUCCGUCGCCUCCACGUGGCCCCGCCAGAGCGAGCCAGACCAUGGAAUCCCACGGGGCAGCAGCAGCAGCAGCAGGCAGCCUCCUCGAGGUCGCUAUCCCAGCAGCCUGGUGGAUUCUGGGGGACCCCGGUGGCCAGGAGCGGCCAGGGAGUCGGCCUCGGGGGUCUGGGACCGUUCGGGGGUCUCGGCCUGGCGUUUGGACUUCACGUGACACCCCUGAGGUCACGGGAGAGUGGAGCGGCCUACCUGGGCGGGGUCAUCAAGAGGUUGAGGAGGCUCUAUUGCAACGUGGGUAUCGGCUUCCACCUGCAGGUCACGGCCGAAGGCAAAAUCAGCGGCGUGCACAGCGAGAGCCCAUACAGUGUCCUGGAGAUAUCCACGGUGGAGCGAGGCGUGGUGAGCAUGUUCGGCGUGAAGGGCGGGCGAUUCGUGGCGAUGAACGCACGUGGGAAGAUGUACGCAGCGGAUAAGUUCGGCACGGAGUGCAAGUUCCGGGAGCACCUGCUCCCCAACAACUACAACUCGUACGAGUCGGACGCCUACCCGGGCAUGUACAUCGCUCUCAACAAGGGCGGCAGGACUAAGCGUGGCAGCAAGGUGUCUCCUCGCAUGAGCGUGACGCACUUCCUGCCCAGGAUAUGACGCGGGUGGCGAUGACGAUGUUGAUGAUGGUCAUGAUGAUGAUGGCGACGACGCUGCUGAUGAUGAUCACGGUGGAGGUUGGAAACCAACCGCACAGCCUCUCCACGCUGCGUCGCGAAUAUUCGUUUUGUUGGAAUCUUACAUCCAGGAUCUGAAAUCGACGGAAUUUGAAAAUCCAGGGGAUCUGAAACCCAGAAUCUGAAAUCCAGGAAUUUUAUUCCGGAAACUGAAAUCCAAGAGAUCCAUGGAUCUGAAAUCCAAUAAUUUCAACGCAGAAUCUGAAAUCCAGGAGCUGAAAUCCAGGACCUGAAAUCCAAGAAUUGAAAUCCAGGAUCUGAAAUCCAGGAACUGAAAUCCGGAGGAUCUGAAACCCAUCGCUUGUCGUGCCCCGGCACGUGCGGGUGAAGCUCUCGGGGGCCGCUUGGACUCUGCGAAGGAAAUAACUCGAAGUCCUUUCCGGAAAGAGGGCGGAGGUGACGCCCAGCGCGACGGUCCCGCGGCGGACAGAGUUCUGGCGUCGAGGGAAGACGAACCGAGCUGCGAAGAGAAGCGACGAGGAGAGAGACACAGACACAGACAGAGAGAGAGAGGGACGAGUGAUUUUUUUUUUGUCGAGCGAUGUGUACGGGAAGUCGAGAUGACAGCGAAUAAAUGUUGUCUGCGGAACGCACGCUACAUACUCGGGUCAUCGUCAAUGCCAUCGGUGUUGGCCUUUUUCAAAGAUGGGAUUGUUAAAUUUCGAUUUAAAGCUUUCGUGACUGCAGGGAUUCAUCUUCUUUGUUCUUUCGGUAAAGUCACGUAGA